GGUUUUCUUCUCCUUCCACAAGCAGUUUUAAGGGUUCUUCUCUCUAUCUCUCUCGAUAUUCUCUUAACAACCUCAACAAUGGCGGAGCAGACGGAGAAAGCGUUCUUGAAGCAACCAAAGGUCUUCUUGAGCUCGAAGAAAUCUGGUAAAGGAAAGAGACCUGGAAAAGGAGGUAAUCGUUUCUGGAAGAACAUUGGUCUUGGUUUCAAGACUCCCAGAGAAGCUACUGAAGGUGCAUACAUUGACAAGAAAUGUCCGUUUACUGGGACGGUUUCGAUUAGAGGUCGUAUCUUAGCAGGUACUUGUCACAGUGCGAAAAUGCAGAGGACUAUCAUUGUUCGGAGGAACUAUCUUCAUUUUGUUAAGAAGUAUCAGAGGUAUGAGAAAAGGCAUUCGAACAUUCCCGCUCAUGUCUCACCGUGUUUCCGUGUCAAAGAAGGAGAUCAUGUGAUCAUCGGGCAAUGCAGACCGCUGUCAAAGACGGUAAGGUUUAACGUCCUAAAGGUCAUUCCAGCUGGGAGUUCUGCUAUAGGGAAAAAAGCAUUCUCUGGAAUGUAGAGACUUGUUAAAGUUGUUGUGAUCGAUGGACUUGAGAGGAUUUUGGCUUUUCAUGUUACAUUCUCAAGAAAAACCUCUUUUGCAUUUGUGUUUGCUGCAAACAUUUAUGUUUCAAAACUUUCUCUCUUACAAAUACCAUUAUAUAAGAAUGAUCCUCUUAUGUUUGUUAUUGUU